UUCGUUGCACGUGGUCGUGUGAAUGAUCUCUUCUCAGUCUGCCAUAAGCAAUAUUUAUUCAUAGUCUUUAUUUAUUAUAUAAAUAUAUAUUUAUACAUACCAGCAAGAUCUCAGCAAAUACGUAACUGUGAUAUCUUUUUUGCCCGAUAUUGUUAAAGGAACGUACGAAACAAAAAGAGAGGAGAAUAGCUAUAUAGCUAUAGGAGCAAGAAUCAUGUCGGUAUACCAGAACAACAGCUGCAAGAAAACGGCUUUAGACGUGGGGAAUGAUGCGAGCACCCUGCAGAUGAUUCCCAGCACGCAGCUCAUGCUACCCAAAGAAGAGACGACAGCCAUUGAUCCCGACUGCUCGUCUAACGGAAGUGGGGAUGAGCUGGAGCGGGGAAACUGGACAGGAAGAUUCGACUUCCUCCUCUCCCUACUUGGAUACUCUGUCGGCCUUGGCAAUGUCUGGAGAUUUCCCUACUUGUGCUACAAAAAUGGAGGAGGUGCAUUUCUCAUCCCCUUUGUGGUAAUGCUGCUCAUUGCUGGUCUGCCUCUCAUGUUCAUGGAGUUGGCUCUUGGGCAGUUCGCCAGCCUCAGCCCGAUUGUAUUAUUCGGAAAAUUCAGCCCUAUCCUAACAGGUCUAGGAUAUGGAAUGGUGAUUGUGUCCACAGUCGUCUGUCUCUACUACAACAUGAUUAUAGGGUGGAGCGUAUUCUAUCUGUUUGCCUCUUUCACAAAAGAAUUACCUUGGGAGAGGUGUAACAGUGGCUGGGCCACGAAAGACUGCUACUCGUUCCUGGAAGCCAACGAGUGUAAGGAGGAGGGAGGGAUUUACUAUCAGACGACAUGCCACAAUGCUACAGCAGCGGACCCGUGGGAAAACCUGACGGAACUGGCAGGCAAUGCAACGAGAAAGCUUCCAGCUGAGGAGUAUUUCCAGAACUUUGUGCUCGGCAUCUCGUCGGGAAUAGAAGAGAUAGGAGAAUUACGCUGGCAGCUUGUUCUUGCACUUCUCAUGGCCUGGCUAAUCGUAUUCCUCUGUCUCUCACGUGGUGUCCAGACAUCCGGCAAGGUGGUCUACUUCACCGCCCUGUUCCCGUACGCAGUGCUCGUUAUAUUAUUUGCACGAGGAGUGACGCUACCUGGAGCUAAAGACGGCAUUCUGUGGUAUAUCAUCCCAGACUUCAGUCGCCUGGGUGAUGCACAGGUGUGGCAGGAUGCUGCUGUACAGAUCUUCUUCGCGUUGAGUCCGGCUUGGGGUGGCCUCAUCACACUAGCAAGUUACAACAAGUUCCACAACAACUGCUACAAAGACGCACUCAUCGUUUCUCUCAGCAACGUGCUAACCUCUAUAUUUGCUGGGUUCGUCAUAUUCUCCGUUGUCGGAUUUCUGGCGCUGGAGCUAGACAAACCAAUCGACAAAGUUGUUAGCCAAGGAGCUGGUUUGGCAUUCAUCAUCUAUCCAGAGGUCGUCACCCGGCUACCUCUCCCGCCUCUGUGGGCAGUGCUGUUCUUCCUAAUGCUCAUUACCUUAGGACUAGACAGCCAAUUUGCUCUGCUGGAAACCGUAACGACAGCCAUCUUGGACACAUGGCCACACCUGCGGGAGAGGAAGACGUGGGUUGUGUUCUUCUGCUGCGUCACAGGAUUUAUCGGCGGUCUAAUAUUCUGCACACAGGGUGGCAUGUACGUGCUACAACUAGUCGACACCUACGCUGCCAGCUGGUGUGUGAUCCUCAUGGCUCUAACGGAGUGCAUCUUCGUAGCGUGGGUUUACGGUGCGGACAGAUUCCUCAGAGAUAUUGAAACUAUGAUUGGCCCAAUGCCAGCAUCCUGGCAUUUCGUGUGGUCGUGCUUCUGGAAGGUUGGAUCACCCGUUGCUCUCUCGUUCGUCCUGGUUUUUAGCUGGCUGCAAUAUGCACCAGCAACUUACGGCGCAGACUACGUGUACCCCUGGUGGGCAAAUGUGAUUGGCUGGGUGCUUGCCCUGGCCCCUAUACUUGCUAUCCCAGCACUAGCUAUCAACCAAUUCUGGCUCCCCAGCAUCCAGCAAGAAAAAACCUUUAUAGAGAAACUGAAGAAACUAGUGCAGCCAUCCAAAGACUGGUGUCAAGCUAACAGGCGUGGCACGUAUAAACUACAGGACAGAAAACUCAGCACGGUUAUUCGCUUUGACAACUCGGACACAAGCCUUGAGGCCCUCGCAUUCCAGUCUCCAGCAUGAUGUGGAGUGAUUCAAUGAGAGGCAGCAACCUGAUGAGCAUCGUCUCACAAGUCGGCAACAUGAAAAGCGUGGCUUCAUUGACGACAGUAACAGGACGUGCACUUCCAUAACACGAUGGGGAUGUCAAAUACGGCAUGCACACUGUCUCGCUGCACGUGCUAUAACGUUCUCAAUUACGGAUAAAAAUAUACGGUCGAUUCCUUACGUACUUCACACAGUCAACCUGACUGUGUGGCUGCAACUUCCUCUUUGAAGUGAAAAUUCCCGUAAAGCCUCGCCAUCCAGAAAGAUCAUGACCAUGCCCAGGUUCAUACUGACCACGAGCCAACCAUUCAGACGUAUCGAUUUUAAAACUUGAUUAUUUGACACAAUAUACAGAGACUCCCCGACUUACGAACAUGUUCGGUUCCGAGCGGUCAUUCGUAAGUCUAUUUGUUCGUAGGUCGAACAUAUGUACGUACAUAAACAGUAUUGUACAGUAGUGUAGUAUAUGUCUGUGUGAACAUCGAGUAACCUA